AUGUCUGGCCAUUCGUCUAACGAUUCAAUGCAUAUGGAUAUGGCGAUGUAUUUUCAUUUCGGCUAUACGGAGACGAUCUUGUUCAAAGGCUGGGCGAUUAACUCCGUAGGAGGCCUGAUCGGAUCAAUGGUGGCUGUUUUUAUCAUCGCCGCGCUGUACGAAGAAUUGAAAGCGGUUCGAGAGAUACUUAUGCGGAAAGGUCGCGAGCCAACGGAACCAGAUUCACCGACUGGCGCGACUAAUUCUAGUCAAGAUCUGACUGCCGAGAUAUCAACGUGGAGAGCCAGCAAGAAGUUCAGCUGCGGCCUGUGCUCGUGGUACCACCUGCUGCAGACGUUUCUUCAAAUGCUACACAUACUUGUCGCGUACCUGCUUAUGCUGGUGUUCAUGACCUACAAUGUGUGGCUGUGCGUGGCGAUUGUGCUCGGCAACGGUUGCGGCUAUUUCCUGUUCGGCAAAAGCCGCAAAUCCGCCGUCAGCUUGGACGACCACUGCCAGUGA